AUGGAAUUAUUUCCAGCUCUGAGCGCUACCAAUAACCCGCUUCAAAGAAUCGGCUUUGGAGACUGUGGCUCGGUCUGGGGUAUGGCGAAGUGGGAGAGGUACGGGUAUCACGACGUCGACGUCGUCAUCAAACGCGAGGAUGCAAGUCCCGGCAGGGAUAUCAAGUACGAGGCUAUGAUUCAACGGGGCAUAUAUGGCGCAGCAAGGAGCCUACAGUUAACCUCGGUGCCACAAGUCUUCCAUCUCAUAGACCAGGAAGACGACAAAAGAUGGCACGACCUUCUGCCAGUGCUGCCUGCUGGCCUUGGAAAAUGCAGAACCAUGAUUGCCGAGAGAAUCACUUCAGUGUCGAGACAAGCGCAGCUGCUCCUCGUCGAGAAGUACAACCGGACGCCGACUCGCGACAGGUACAUACAAGCUCUGUCUAACGGAAGAUACGCCCACUGCCUAGUUCACCUCUAUCUUGGCCUGAGACGAACUUGUGAUCCAGACCAGCCCCUCCAACAGCCGCAUCGCUUCAGUCUCCGCGACUUUCCUCUCCACGCCGACCAGAUGGAAGAGCUCCAGCUGCCUUGCCAAGAGUACGCCAAGGCCAUGGGCGAGGCAUUAGCAAUGUUGCACUGGCAGAUGAAAUUAUGCGGCACUCGCGUCAAGUUUGUGCUCGGAGCACGCAGAGGAGCCGUAACGAUGGGUAUGGGCGCGCCUCUUGCAGAACACUCUGUCUGGAUGCUCGAUUUUGACCUUGCUAGACCUAUUCAGGCAAAUGUAUCCGGUCUAGUAUUGAUCGCGAGGGCCUUUUAG